AUGCAACCUUUGUUUGAUUGGAUUCGGGAAGAAGAAGCAGACCUUGAAGAUGAUGAUUUGGUUUCUAUUGAUGAUGUUGACUCCAUUUUAGAAGAUGGUCUGAAAGCUGAACAUAAUGAUGACUUGGUUGAAGAAGAUCAUAAUGCAAUACAACCUAUCUACCCAAGACAUGAUCAUACUCAGGAAUGGAAUGAGAUAAAGCCUAGAUUAGGGAAACAAUUUAUGAAUGAUGUUUUGGAGAGUCCUAAACUGAGUUUGAGGAAAAUGAAAUCCCUAGUAUCUAAGAGAUCCAACAUUAAUGAUUAUGCAGUUGAAAUCAGAAGGGCUAAUCCAGGUUCACAUGUUGAGGUGUUCUUGGAGCCACAACCUGAUAAUAUUGUGGUGUUUGAUAGGUUUUAUGUUAGCUUUAAAGUGGGUAGAGAUGCUAAUAAUAACAUCUAUCCCUUAGCUUGGGCAGUAGUCAAUGUUGAGAACAAAAGGACAUGGAAAUCGUUUUUGGAAAACCUGAUGGAAGAUAUUGGAGGGGGGAAUGGUCAUGGCAUUACAAUCCUCUCAGAUGACCACAAGGGAUUAUUUGAAGUUGUCAAGGAAAUGUGGAGCAUAGAUUAUGUGCUAGACACAUUCUAGCUAAUUUCUACAAAAAAUUUACAGGAGAAUAAUACUUUAAACCAUUUUGGAGGGUUGUGAAUGCAACAAUUGUACCAAUGUUUGAAGCAGCAAUGAAUGAGAUUAAGUCCUUAGAAAGAAG